AUGAGUAACAGUUCCAACGAUACCGUCUCUGGCUCCGUGCCCCAAUUGAACACCCAAGUCGAGAACUCCGACGUCGACCAAACGUCGUUGAGAUACGCCGCCUACGCUAAUAGGUUCAGAACAAUCUUACAAGCAUCUCAUCGAUAUGUGGCCUACACCUCUGAUAUUGGUGAAAGUUUCAGACCAGUGGCCCAUCCGUUUAUAGUGACGAUUGGUUACAGUAUCUCGUGGUUGUAUAUCUUGGGAGACGUAUCGUAUGCCAGUUGGAAGGUCAAGAUGAAGAGUGAAGGCAGAUACACCAAUAACUUAAUGCCAUGGAACUAUCCUUAUCCUGAACCCAACGACACCGCCAAAGUGCUUUACGAGCAGAAGAGCGAAAGUUUAGUGGAACAGGAUUGGAGACUUGCGUUUGUGAAGAGAGGGUUGUUCCAGAGUAUUGCUUCUAUGGGAUUGCCUGCCUGGACAAUUCACAACGCGGUUAGAUACUCUUCGAUUAUGUUCAAAGAGUCCAAGUCCAAGCCGCUUAAGACCUACGGCCCGGUAGCUGUCGGAUUGGGAAUCGUGCCACUCUUGCCAUAUGUGUUCGAUGAGCCUGUCGAAUAUGUUAUCGACUAUGUGUUUGAUAAAGGGGAGGAUUUCUACAAGAAGUCCCAGAAGUUAGAAUAA